AUGAAGUCGGAGACCAAAUCUGUUUACAAAGUUGAGUCAAGGGAGUCAGUUGAUGAAGUGGCCGUGCCACUGCACACUUUAGCAGAUGUUACGCCGAAGCUUGAAAAAAUAUGGUUUAAAUAUCCAUGGUUGCUUCAAUUAAACAUUUUGCUCCUUGGUGGUAUUUUAGCCCAAGUUACAUCAGGAUAUGACGGUAGUAUGAUGAAUAAUUUGCAGACUCUUCCGAGUUGGAGAGAAUACUUCGACAAUCCUGCAGGAAGUCGCUUAGGUACAAUGACGAAUGGUGUCUCUAUAGGCACAUUAAUUUCUAUUCCAUUAACCUGGAUCUUUUGUGACUUUCUUGGUAGAAGAUAUACUAUUAUUUUAGGUUGUGUUAUUAUAAUCAUUGGAGCCGCCUUGCAAGGAGGCGCUACGAACUUUGGGAUGUUCAUUGGUGCAAGAAUCUUGCUUGGAAUUGGCUCAUGCCUAGCAUCUGCUGCAGCAUCUCCACUCUUGGCAGAAACGGCCUAUCCUGCGCAGAGAGCUAUGAUGACAGCUAUGGUUUUAGCUUCCUGGCCCUUUGGUUCAUUUGUUGCGGCAGUAGUGACAUGGGGUCCCUACCACUCUAGUAUGAAAUAUAAUAAUUGGUCCUGGAGGAUUCCGUCUAUUCUACAAUGCUUCUUCCCUGCAGUUCAGUUAAUACUCGCCUUUUUUGGUCCAGAAUCGCCAAGAUGGUUGAUUAGCAAGGGUAGAUGUGAUGAAGCAGAGAAGUUCUUCAUCAAAUAUCAUGCUGGUGGUGAUGCAAGCAGCCCAUUGGUCAGCUUUGAGAUGGCUGAAAUUAAGGCAAUUAUAGAGCAGGAGAAAGAACAACGUAAUAGUAAAUGGACGGAAUGGUUUCAAUCUAAGCAAAACUUGAGAAGGUUAUUCAUAGUUUUGGCUGUUCCUGCGAUGGCUCAGCUUUGUGGAAAUGCCCUUAUUUCUUAUUAUUUGGAAAUCGUUUUAAGAAACAUUGGAAUUACAAACAGUAAUGAUCAACUUAAAAUCAAUAUUGGAAUGACAGUCUACGCAUUAUUCUGGUCAGUGUUAUGUGCACUAAAUGUAGAUAAAUUUAAGCGUAAGACGACGUUUAUAGGGGGUUAUAUUCUUAUGUGUAUUACCUAUACUGUGUGGACUAUAUUAUCUGCAGUUAACCAACAGUCUGACUUCAAAAAUAAGGGAUUAGGCAUAGGGAUUGUUGCGAUGAUUUACCUUUUCAUGGGCUUCAACAACAUUGUUGCACCGGUUUCCAUGACUUACGUUAUGGAAGUAUGCCCUUUUCAAUUGAGGGGUCAAGGUGCAACGCUUUAUCAGCUUUCGGGGAACGUAAUUGGCUUCUUUAACAAUUAUGUGAAUCCCAUUGCUAUGGAGGCUAUAGACUGGAAAUAUUACAUUGUCUGGUGUAUUUGGUUAGUUGUCCAAAUGAACAUUGUAUACUGGAUAUUUCCGGAAACAAAGGGUCUUGGUUUAGAAGAAGUUGCCCAAGUUUUCGGCGAGGAUGUUACUCGUGGUUUUACAGCUGGUGGUAAAGCUAUUGAAUAUGGAACAGAUUAUAAUUUGUCUAAAAGUGACAUGAAAGUGGAACAUAUUGAAAAUUAG